UAUCCGAAGCCGAAAGGGAGGAGAGGACAGAGGAGGGCUCAUGGAGGCUUUCGCAGUUGCAAGAUCUUCGUCGUUGUCUUCUUUGCCCGUCGUCGUUCUCGCCUACAAGACCACGCCGCCUCCUCGCAAGAACAACGCCUCGCCGCCCCGCAAGCAGAAGCCACCCACCAUCGCCGAGGUCCAGAGGGCCAUUGGCGUCGCCGACGAGCCCUUCCUCCGCUCACCUGGCGGAUCCGAAUCUUCUUCUUCCUCUUCUCCUCCUUUUCUCGGGUUCUUCAUGCAGGAGAGCGCCGCGGAGAGGAAGCUCCGGGAGGCCGCCGAAUGGAUGGUCGAACGCACCGAGGCCCAGGCGCAGUCUGGGCAAAAGAUGUUGUUGCUUUUAUGUCUGAACAUCCUACCUGUGUGGCUUUUACUACUCUUGGUGGCUUCUGGAGUUUUUAAGUUGCCGUUUGAUCUUCCAAUUUGGAAAGACAUCAUCUCCUGAUAUCCAAAUUAAUAUUUGGUCCUUAGAGGUCCUGCUAUAUGCAUACAAGUGUGCCGUUUAGGCUUUAAGCCUUCAUAUGUCUAGCUAACCUGUAUAUUCACUGCUAAGGAUCAUAUUUAUCUCAUGUUGUUUCAUUUGAAUAUUUGCUGUGGGAAACUGGCCAUCAAAUAGCCCUGCUCACUGCUGCACUAAUCUCAUUACAGCCUCGUCAUCUCUUUACUCACUGUCAGUGACAACUGAUAAGAGGAAGCCAUGCAUUAGAUUUAGUUGCAGGAUCUAUCCUCACAGGAGUUGAAUGUCGAUAGAUUUUUAUUUUUUAUCUGGAAGUUGGUGUAAACAUAAAUUGAUAUCCCAUGGCAACUCCUGCAACAGGAUGAAUAUGCCAUGUGCAGUGUUUCCAAACCAGAUCAGAUUCACUUAAUCUUCAUGCAAAGGGUCGCGGUGUGUAUUGGACGAAGUCCUCUAUGAUUUAUGCCCGAUUGUAUGGGACAGUCGGACUUUCUGCUGAAAUCUAUUCAAAGUACUGAUAGAAUAAUUUUAUUUCACAAGUUAUCAAUCAAUUUCAUCCAGAGAGCAAAUAAUGUUCUUGGGGAGGGUACACAAACCGUGCCAACUUGCUUUCCAUCAUGCAAAGGCAAUUACUCCAGAGACCCACCUCAACAACUCGCCAGCCUUUUUAUCAGUCGAACAGAAACCAAUUACGGAUCACAGAAUCCAGAAAUUUAUGAGAUUGAUUUAAAGUUACUGUGAAAUUUAUGAGAAGACAAAAGCAGUUCAUGUGAUUAAUCAUGGGGCCUUAUCAUUCAUCAGUGUUGGUCAACAUGGACCAAGUAGCAGUUAGCAGACCACAACCUGCUCCCUCCCUCCCUCCCAUAUAAAUAAAACUCACUCUUGACUUUUCUGUCCAAACUCCAAUCUCGACUCCAUCUUCACUCUCUCACAGACAGCCAUGGGCAGGUCUCCCUGCUGUGAGCAGGCUCACACCAACAGAGGAGCUUGGAACAAGGAAGAAGACGAUAGACUCAUCGCUUACAUCAAAGCUAACGGCGAAGGCUGCUGGAGGUCUCUCCCCAAAGCUGCAGGCCUUCUGCGCUGCGGCAAGAGCUGCCGCCUCCGGUGGAUGAACUACCUCCGACCCGACCUCAAGCGCGGCAACUUCACCAGCCAAGAGGACGAGAUCAUCAUCAACCUCCACGCCUUGCUCGGAAACAAAUGGUCGGUGAUAGCAGCGAAGCUACCGGGAAGGACGGACAAUGAGAUCAAGAACCACUGGAAUACCCACAUCAAGCGCAGGCUCAUCGACCGUGGGCUCGACCCCAAGACCCACCGCCCCAUCAAGACUACAGCUGCCGCGGUUUCUCCGGCGCCGCCGCCGGCGCACGAUUUUGCCGUUGUUUCGUCGAACGAUAUCGACGCGGCGCCGGAGGAGGGGCAGAGCAGCACCACCUCCGGAGACGUCGUCAACCUCGACCUCAGCAUCAGCCUUUGCCUUCCUUCUUCGCGGUCGCGCACGGCCUGGCCGGAGGUCGCGACGACGCCGCCACCUCCGGCGGAUGAAGCCGCCGCGUCUCCGACGACCAUUUGCUUCUGCUACCACCUGGGCUUUCGCAGCGGGGAGGUCUGCAGCUGCCAUAUUGCUAGCUCCAAGAGGCAUUCCCUUGGCUUAUACAUGCGAUUGGAAGAAGGGCAACGGAUUGCAAAUUAUUGUGUGGACAGCUAAUUGGUUAACCAUGAUUGAUGGGGUUUUUUCUCCCCUUCUUUUUUUUAUGAAGUUGCAUAGAUCAGCUUCAGGUGGUUUGGUAGGCGAAUUAAUUAGUUAAUGAAGAGUCCGUUCACAUAUGGUUGGGAUUCUGCCAUGGACGUAGACUUGUCUCCUGCAUUGUUUUCGCAGCAGAAAUCGGUAGAAAUGGAGUUGAUGAUC